AUGGAACCGGAACAUCUAAUCAGUUUGGCACCUUCUGACGACGAAAACGAAACCGGAGGGAAAAGAGCUUACCCUAACAACUAUGAGGAACAAUGCCAAUUAACGGCGCUGCAGUUCGAAGAGUGGCGUCGUACUGGGGCCAGGGUAAGGUGGAGGGAGGACGACAUACACAAAUACAGGAAGAAAUGGCAAAAUAAAAAAAUACCACGCUCUGGUCUGCCCCGCUUCUGGGACGGUGCUUCCGACGAGAGACAGCCAUGGAGCAAACAGCUAUUUUACAUCGGGUCUAAUGUCAGCCUACCCGACCUGGAUAACCCGUGGUCUGCCUCUGACCCACGCAUUGAAAGAGUGAAAAAGUCAUAUAAGGAUGCUAAAAACUACUUUGCACAAACCGAUCGAUUUUACUUCCAAAAGGCAUUGGGCUUUGGAGGCCUGGGUUUGGCACUUCAUUAUAGAUACGAGGGCGUUGAGCCAGUGAAAGAUGUCGUAGUCAAGCUCUCGCUUAGAGGUUGGAUCGCAGAGGAUAUCCGCCGAGAAGAAAAUGCGGCAAAGGCUAUGGCAGGCGCUGCUCACUGUAUUCAGCUGAUAGACAAGCCUACCGUUGGCUUCAAAGAGACAAAAUACAAACCGGAGCCAGAUGACAUGGACUCUUCUGAAGAGGAUGAAUCGAGCGGAGAUGACAGCAUGGAUGAGGGAAGCGCACGCCCUCCGCGAAAGCCCCGGAGCGCCAUGACAGAAGAAGAAUUAGCCGCGAAGAAGAGAAGACGGGAUGAUCGUGAGGCCGAUGCAGACUCAGACUUGGUGAUUAUGGGAGAUAGCGCCACGAAGGACUUUAUGCUCUUAGAGUACGUAGAAGGAGGUAGCCUCGUACAUCUGAUUGAUAAAUUACAACAGAAAGAGAAGGCUACGGGGCAAAGAGUGGCUAUACCUAACAGGGUUUUGUGGGCACUGUGGUUAUGCAUGAUCCGGGCUUGCGUUGCUUUGAAAUACCCCCCUCGAAAGUUUCAUCCUGGUCGCCGUACAGGGUAUAGGCCACAAGGGCAAACAGAUCUGAUCGAAAUAAUACCACCUCAAAGCAAGAGGUGGAGGAAAAAGAAUUGGGUCCAUUUCGAUAUUGAUCCUUCCAAUAUUUUUAUUGGCAACCUCGAGAUACCACUUGAAGAGAUGGGUGGCAAGCGAAAACGCGCUGAUGAGGCACAACCUGACAGAGACAGUGUCGAGCAUAACUUCGUCCCUAAACUUAAGCUUGCUGAUUUUGGGUUGAUGAGGGAGAUAAAACCGUACAAGCGAAACAUAUACUACUCAGUUAGGCGUAAAACUGGGAAAAAUACCUUUUUUGCGCCUGAGCAAUUCGCGGCAGAGUGGGAUCGAAUCCCCCCCACCAAAGACGGGGGAGAAGUAGGCGAGCAGAGAAUUGCAGGGAAUUACGGAUCUCCCAUGAAUGUCUAUCAGAUGGCGCUUUCGAUGUGGGUCGUCAUCACUCAACUGUCACCACCUCUUCCGGUACAACCUCAACCACCAGCAGGAUUAAAUCCAAAGCGGAAUAAAAAGGGACUUAUACCAUCUUACCUCGAUCAAUUCGUCGAUCCGACCGACCCUGAAACUCGCAUAUCCUAUUGCCCAUUGCUCAUGGAUCCGGCGAGAUCCACCUACGAUUACGUCGACAUUGAGCUCAGGACAGCGAUAUACGAGUGCAUGUAUCACCGCCAGGACGAUCGUCCGACAGUUGAGAGACUACUAGAACAAGCGCGGAAGGGAGCUAAUAAAAUAUUUAGCGGCGAAACUGACGCCUCCGUCAAGGAAUGGGUUGAUGAGUUCCUGUUUAACGCACCAAGUGAUAGUGGAGAUGACCAGAGGGCAGAACCCAAAAGCAAUAGCCUAUUAGGUUAA